CUCCAUUGAUCUCUGCUAGAAGUUCUUGUUUCGAAUUCAGGCAAAAUGAUGUUUUCCACAAUUGCUAUUCUGUGCGCAAAGGAAAUCUCUCUGCAGCCAACGCUUUGAUAUCCGAUAUCCCGUUUAUCCGUCUCUUAUUCUCGCUUUUCCUUGAGAUCUCACUCUGAGAAUACACAAAUUCUGGAUCCCCGGUGCUUUCUCCUGUAUACUCACUUAUAUCUCGGCUAAUAUGCAGUCCCUUUUCCUCCUUCCAUGUCUGGCUGUUUGAGAGGCUAUACACGUGUCCAGCAAAGUCUUGAUCCACUCUCUCCUGACGUUAUAGUAACCUCAUAGACGUCGACUGGGUACAGUCAGCCUCAAACCAGUGAGUCUAAAGAAGCCAGACUUCCGCUCCGUUUGGUUACGACGAGUUCCUUCAUUCAGUGGCCGCUUCAAACAUGGUGAAGUUCUCACACGGCUGCUGGCACCCGUCUGCCGACACAAUCAUAGAUUGGGCGGUCGAGGUUGUCAAGGCUGAAGCACGAGACGAUAGUCUACAUUUUGUGACAUGUUCUAAACCGAUCAAUUUUCGAGGUGACAUCCUCAACAAUCCUACAUUGACACAUCAUAUUAGCUCUCCCAUCGAUGAUGUUCUCUACCUCUCUUCGACGCAUUGGAAGGGCACCAAAGCCAUCACACAAGGUCCGCAUUUCGAAUUGUUCCCUGAUGGCAAGAUAUCACCUUCACAGCAACCACGCAUAUGCAAGGACGCAACCAGCUUGUCUUUGGAGACGGAGAGCGUUGGCGCCAGAGUUGACACUCAACCAAAGUCCUUUAACAUUGACUUUACUGCCAAAGACCGACUCCUCACCAAGCUGGGUUGGCGCUCAGUAGGCUAUGUUAAGAAGGGCACCACCGCGCUCCAUCCGAAAGCAAACUACACCAACCCCAACCGAGGUGAGCGGUGGACCACAUAUCAACUCCAAGUCAGCGUUGGCGAGAAGUUCUACGGUCUCGGCGAACGAUUCGGCCCGCUACAAAAGAAUGGCCAGUCCAUCGAACUCUGGAACGACGACGGUGGCACCGGUUCUGAGCUUACUUACAAGAACAUCCCGUUCUUCUUGAGCUCCCGAGGCUACGGUGUCUUUAUCCCCACGUCCGCACUUGUCUCUCUGGAAGUCCAAUCCGAGCGGACGACAAGAGUCAACAUCGCCGUCCCUGGUGAGACACUCUCGAUAUACGUGAUCUACGGACCGCAUCCAAAAUCCGUCCUGGAAAAGUAUGCCCUCAUUACGGGUAAGCCAGCACUACCUCCGGCGUGGACAUUCGGACUGUGGAUGUCAACCAGCUUCACAACGGAGUAUGACGAGAAGACAGUAACAACGUUCCUUGAUGGCAUGAAACAGCGUAAUAUCCCUCUCAGCGUCUUCCAUUUCGACUGCUUCUGGAUGCGUGGAUUCGAGUGGUGCGAUUUCGAGUUCGACCAAGACAUGUUCCCCGACGCGACGGGGCAGCUUUCGCGGAUGAAGAAUGAUCGAGGCUUGCACGUGUGUGUAUGGAUCAAUCCUUACAUCGCGCAGGAAAGCAAGAUCUUCGACGAGGGUGCCGAAAAGGGAUACUUUCUGAAGCGUGGUGACGGCAGCGUCUGGCAAUAUGACUUCUGGCAAGCCGGCAUGGGGUUCGUCGAUUUCACAAACCCUGAAGCUUGCGUCUGGUACCAGAACAAGCUCCAGAAGUUGAUUGACAUGGGAGUCGACUCGUUCAAGACGGACUUUGGCGAGCGAAUUCCUACCGGCGAUGUCGUGUACUUUGAUGGCUCCGACCCCGGUAGAAUGCACAACUACUAUGCCUACCUCUACAACAAGGUGACUUUUGAGGUGCUGGAGCGGAACUUCGGCAAGCACAAGGCCACCUUGUUCGCACGAUCAGCGACUGCGGGAUGUCAGCAAUUCCCUGUUCACUGGGGCGGCGAUCCCUACAGCACAUACGAGGCCAUGGCUGAGACACUCCGAGGUGGACUCAGCCUUGCCCUCUCGGGCUUCGGCUACUGGGCACACGAUAUUGGUGGCUUCGAGGGCAAGCCGGAUCCUGGCCUCUUCAAGAGAUGGAUUGCGUUUGGCCUGCUUUCCAGUCAUUCUCGACUGCACGGAAGCGGUAGUUUCCGAGCUCCCUGGCUGAUUGAUGACUCUGGCGAAGCGGACAAGGUGUUGCAGAAGUUUGUGACGCUCAAGCAGUCUCUUAUGCCGUACCUGUUUUCGCAAGCCCUACAGACGCACCAGACCGGUGUGCCGAUGCUAAGAGCGUCAUUCCUGGAAUAUCCCGAAGACCCGAUCUCCUGGUUUUUGGACACCCAAUACUUCAUGGGUGACAAUCUCCUCGUUGCCCCCGUGUUCAACAACGAAGGCGACGUAACCUUCUACCUCCCGAAAGGACAGUGGUAUGGCCUGAUAGAUGGGAAAAUUCGCAAUGGACCUGGCUAUGUUACCGAGAAGCACGAUUACUUCUCAAUUCCUGUGUUUCUGCGGCCAGGGUCGGCUAUUGUCACCGGACAGAGCAAUGGUCAGACGGUGUAUGACUGGAGCAAUGGCUUCAAUCUAAUGGUCAACCAUACCGAUGAUUUGAAUAAGACCGUUGAUAUAGCUUCUCACGAUCGGCCGGGGGAGAUCGCUGUUUCUCUCAAGGUUGCAGGAUCCAAAGAUGAUAUUGUUGUCGAGGUGGUGAAGGGGUCUGUGCCGGCGGAUUGGUCGCUUCAGAUAGUGAACAAGGGCAUCAAGACUAUCUCAGUCGAUGGUACUGAACAACAGGUUCAAGGAGAGAAGACAAGUAUAGCAGCCAAGACUAAGACUGUUCGAGUGACAUUUUGAGAAUAUCAAAGCAUGGCUGUCCGCCUGACAAGGGUGAUACAUUUCAUGUAGAUAUGGUGGACAAAAUGUGACGAGUCAAUCUGGAUUCUUUGCAGCCGUGCUGUCGAUGCAUCCUCCCCUUCUCUGUGACUUACGUGAACCCUCCCACCAUGCUCUUUCA